AAUGAGCUCAUAACCAUAAUCAGGAACACCACUUAAAACUAUUGUCAGAAUUAUGAAUCUUGCUUGUGCUGCAGCAAUUAUAGCCAUAACUAUAGUGGAUGUAAUCACUGUUUUAGAGCUUUUUGCUUUUUGGAGAUGGAUAUUCAUGACAUAUUAAUUGUAUAACACAUGCUUUUAUAAAGUUUAUUUGCUUUGAUGAUUUUAGCAGCUGAAUUACGAUUGGAUUUUAUCCUUAAGUAUUUCAGAUUUUUGGAAGGUAAUAUAGGGAAAGGAUGGUUUUUAAUUUUGUAAUUAUAUAAACAAUAUUAAGCUGUGGAAUGUGGUUGAUUGGAUAUAGUUUGGCAUCAACAAUAACUGGUAAUUAUUAUUGGAUAUUUAAGGGAGCUGUUUGAUAUUUUGUGGAUUCGUGACAACUUUCAUCCUCUCAUGCAGUGUAAGAAUAAACCAUUAUAAUAUAGAAAUGAUGAUUGCCUUUAUGAAUUUUAUAAAAAUUAUUAAAUAUCAUUAUACUUAGUAAUAAUUAAUGGGUAACAAAAUGAUGAAAAGCUAAGCAGAAUUCGAAUAAGAUUAUCAAAGGAAAUAAGAAAGUAAACAAAUAACACAUAAAAAUAGUGAAACCAUCUGUGUUAGCAUUAAACCUAUUAAUUAAAAAAAAGGGUCGAGUUAGUACAGAAUACUAAUUUUUAACUCCACCAAUAGGUAAAGGAUAAUAUUCAGAAAUACGUAAAGUAAUAAAUAAAAAAACUGGAAUCAUGAGAGCAGUUAAAAUUGUUUAAAAGAAUGCUACUGAGAAAGAAGAGGAAAGAGUAUCAUCAGAAGUCAAUAUUUUAGAAAAGUUAGAUCAUCCAAAUAUCUUAAAAAUAAAUGAAUAUUAUAGUGAUGAUAGAUUUCAUUACAUAAUAACAGAUUUUUAUUCAGGAGGAGAAUUAUUUAGUAAAAUUUAAGAGAGAAGAAUAUUCUCUGAAGCAUAUGCUGCAAGAAUUAUUAGAUAAUUAUUAUAUGCUGUAAAUUAUUGUCAUCUUCAUGGAAUUGCACAUAGAGAAAUUAGACCUGAAAAUAUUAUGCUUGAAAAAAGUUCAGAAUUUGCAUCAGCAAUCUUGAUUGAUUUUGGUAUGUGUUAAAAGAUUUCUCAUAAAAUGCAUAGUUCAGUUAAUCAUCCUUAUUAUUAAGCACCUGAAAUAUAAUAAAAGAAAUAUAAUGAAUCUAUUGAUAUUUGGGCUAUUGGAGUUAUAACCUAUAUCUUAUUAUGUGGGUAUCCUCCAUUUGGUGGAGAUACUAAUAGAAAAAUUAUUGAUAAUGUUCUAAAAAAACCUCUUAUUUUUGAUGAAUAAGAUUGGAUUAAAAAUAGCAAUGAAUCAAAAGAAUUUGUUAGGAAAAUCUUAGUAAAAGAUCCUAAUUAAAGAAUUACAAUUGAUUAAGCAUUAAAUGAUCCAUGGAUUGUUAAGAAUUAUGAACUUUAAGUUACAGAUAGUUAAUUAAGAAGAGUAUUAACUAAUUUAAUGAAUUAUAAUUGUUAAUCUAAAUUAUAAGAAGCAACACUUAAAUUAAUAGUAUUGUAUUUAGCUUCUAGAGAAGAAUUAAGUGAAUUAAGAGAAGUAUUUACAUCUAUAGAUUCAAAAAAUGAUGGAUAUAUUGAUGUAGAAGAAUUAUAGACUGCUAUGCUUAAGAUAUUUGAUUCUGAAACAGCAGAAAGAUAAUCCAAUAAAAUAUGUAAUGAAGAUGAUACUCUUUCUUAUUCAUAAUUUUUAGCAUAGGCUAUUGAUAAAUAAGCAAUAUUGCAAAAAUCAAAGAUUGAAACAGCAUUUAAAUUGAUUGAUAGAGUACUAUUAAAAUUAAUUAUUAUAGAAUGCAUCUGGUAAUAUAAAUGUUGAAGAAUUGAGUGAAGCAUUUAAAUGUAAUUUGACUGGCAAUGAUUAUUGGAUAGAAAUUAUGAAUGAAGUUGAUGCAAAUCAUGAUGGAGCUUUAUCAUUAGUAGAAUUUACAAAUAUGAUGAAAAAAUU